ACUCGCUCGAGUUAGUCCACUACCAACUCACUACACACUCAAUGGACUAGGGUUUAAGGAUUAAAAUCGCUGCAAACAGACAAAACCCUAGAAGCUAUAACCUGAAAAAAAUUUGGCUAGCGUUAGCUUGGAUUCAUCAGCAAUGGUGGUAGCGGAAGGGGAAAACCCUAAUUUUUCUUUAGAAGAGAGUAAGAAGAAGAGGAAGCGAAAGGGAAACAGAGCUAAGAAAUCAAGGCACCAAAACCCUGAUAAAAACACUGAUAGAGAAGAAGAAGAAGAAUUUGAAGAAGAGAAACACGAGGAAGAUGAAGCAGAAGUUAGAGGAGUUGAAAUUGAUGAGCAAAAGAAGAAGAAGAAGAAAAAUAAGAGGGUGAACGGUGAAGAUGAUAAGAAACGAGAGGAACAGGAAAAAGAUGAAGAAGCCGAAGAAGAAGAAGAAAAAGGAGACAAGGAAGAGAUAAAAGAGAAAGUGAAGUGUGGGGGAAGUGGGAUAAUGAGCACUGAGUCAUUUGAGUCUUUGGGACUAUCUGAACCUACUUUUAAGGCUAUUAAAGAAAUGGGUUUUCAGUAUAUGACUCAGAUUCAAGCCAGAGCAAUUCCACCACUUAUGAUUGGCAAAGAUGUUCUUGGGGCAGCAAGGACGGGUUCUGGGAAAACCCUUGCUUUCUUGGUACCUGCUGUUGAGUUGUUAUAUAAUGUUCGCUUCACUCCUCGCAAUGGAACAGGUGUUAUCGUCAUUUGUCCCACAAGGGAGCUUGCCAUUCAGACUCAUGCGGUAGCAAAGGAUCUUCUCAAAUACCACUCUCAGACCCUUGGAUUGGUUAUUGGUGGUUCAGCCAGAAGGGGAGAAGCAGAGCGGAUUGUGAAGGGAGUAAAUUUAUUAGUGGCUACUCCUGGUCGCCUACUUGACCAUCUUCAACAUACGAAGGGAUUCAUUUAUAAAAAUUUGAAGUGUCUCAUGAUUGAUGAAGCUGACAGGAUAUUGGAAGCAAAUUUUGAGGAAGAAAUGAAGCAAAUUAUUAAGUAUCUUCCUAAGGAAAACAGGCAAGCUGCUCUAUUUUCAGCUACCCAAACUAAGAAGGUCAAGGACCUUGCCCGCUUGUCAUUUCAGUCAACUCCUAUUUAUAUUGAUGUAGAUGAUGGGAGAAAGAAGGUCACAAAUGAAGGGCUUCAGCAAGGCUAUUGUGUUGUGCAUAGUUCCAAGAGAUUUAUCCUUUUAUAUUCAUUUUUGAAGAGGAACCUGUCCAAGAAAGUGAUGGUCUUUUUCUCUUCAUGCAACUCAGUCAAGUUUCAUGCAGAACUUCUUAGAUAUAUUCAUGUGGAUUGCUUUGAUAUUCAUGGAAAGCAAAAGCAGCAAAAGCGGACAACCACCUUCUUUGACUUUUGCAAAGCAGAAAAGGGCAUUCUGCUCUGCACUGAUGUUGCUGCGCGUGGACUUGACAUUCCUGCUGUGGAUUGGAUUGUGCAGUAUGAUCCUCCUGACGAACCCAAGGAAUAUAUUCAUAGGGUUGGUCGAACUGCCCGUGGGGAAGGUGCAAAAGGAAAUGCUUUGCUUUUCCUGAUCCCAGAGGAACUUCAGUUUCUUCGCUAUCUAAAGGCUGCAAAAGUUCCCGUUAAGGAAUAUGAGUUUGAUGAGAAAAAGCUGGUGAAUAUGCAGUCUCAUCUGGAGAAGUUGGUGGCAAACAACUAUUAUCUAAACAAGUCAGCUAAAGAUGCAUAUCGAUCCUACAUUUUAGCCUACAAUUCACACUCGAUGAAAGAUAUCUUUAAUGUGCAUCGCCUUGAUCUGCAGGCCGUCGCAGCUUCCUUCUGCUUUUCAUGCCCUCCGAAGGUGAAUCUGGAUAUAGACAGCAAUGCAUCCAAAUUUAGAAAGAAAAUGCAAAAAGUUGAAGGAAACAAUUUUAGUGAAAGCAACCCUUAUGGGAGGCAGAGAAGUGAAGAUGAUAAACGGCAAUUUGUAAGGUAUUAGCUAAAGUAUCAUUCAAAAGCCAUUUAUAAGGUAUUAGCAGAAGCUGUGUUGGUGAAGCCUCUUGCAUGGUUCUGCAACAAUUUUGCAUUUGUACCAUUUUUUUCUUGAAAAAAAAAGAGUUUGGAAUCAGCUCUGAAUUAUGAUAGCAUUAUUAGGCUUUCACGAGUCUUAUAAGUUGAACAUGAACAUAGAUUCUUGGUUCUAAAAUGAAUCACUGUUUACUCAAAAUAGUAUGUAAGUUCUGUGUUAUUCUUGCUUAAUAAUUCCAUCAUUAAUUCUCUCAAGGAAAUUAUU